GCGGAGCGGCGGGCGCCGGACCACCAGGCGGAGAGACAGGUCUCAGGCCCCCAGGCGGAGCGGCGGCGGGCGCCGGACCCCCAGGCGGAGCGGCGGGCGCCGGACCCCCAGGCGGAGCGACAGGUCUCGGGCCCCCAGGCGGAGCGGCGGGCACCGAGUCACCAGGCACGACAACUGCGGGCACCGAGUCGUCUGGCAAGACUGCGGGCACCGAGUCAACUGGCGGAACAGCGGGCAUCGAGUCAACUGGCGGAACAGCGGGCUUCGAGUCGUCUGGCAAGACUGCGGGCACCGAGUCGUCUGGCAAGACUGCGGGCACCGAGUCGU